CUCACUCAAGAGGGUUGGACGAAAUGUCGUCUGUCAGGGUUAACUGUGAUCAGCCAGUGAAAUAUCCUCGAAAUUGACACGUAGCUGGCUUACCAAGGGAGUAGGGUCAGCCCUGUGGUUAGCUAGCGGUCACAGAAAGAUGUUGUUACAUGGCGUGAAAUAGUUUAUCAGAUAACGGAUACAUAAAACAGGUAAAGUCCGGUUUCGGACAUUUCAUUUGUGUCUGGCUUUUGGCUUGCUAGUUAGCGUUAAUCCUUUAAUCUCUGUAGUUGACUAUCCAGCAGUGCAAUGCUCUAAAUGCCAAUUUUACGAGGUUGUAGGGAGAAAGUAAUGUGGCCAUUCAACAGGUGUUUUGUACAAUUCACAACAUGGUGCAUUGAAAUACAGGUGGUCCAAGUAGCAUAUUUCUAGCUACUCAGGAAGUACUGGAAAUUAAACAGACUCGUUUGCUAGCUACGGCCUAGCAUGUAGUAGUACCCUUUAAUCCUGCUCAACAACAACAAAUUCUGGUCGCACGCUCUUGCAACCCUUCAAUAAUGAAGGACAAUACAAUAACUACUCCAUACUGGUUUUCAAUAACUUACAGAGCCUGGAUUCUAAUGCUCUUGUUCAUUAAAUGAGAUGUUCCUUUAAUUACAUUCUAUGUGUGACCUCUGUGAUUCUGUUACAGGUUUACCAUCCGUUUCUUUGUUUUGCGGACCCUGGCAGAGGUAUGGCUGUGGGGCAGAAACCAAGCAGCGCAGAGACAUUUGUUUUGGCUGGAUCGAAUGGACAUAAUGAGACGAGGCACUCCGGUUUGAAUGACACUGUGCAGAAUCACACCGCCGCCUACCGAAGCUCAGGGAGGGCCAGAGUCGCGUCCGACAUGAGGUACAAGUGUGCUGCUUAUGUGCUGGCCCUGCGGCCGUGGAGUUUCAGCGCCUCCCUCACACCGGUGGUGCUGGGCAGUGCCCUGGCCUACAAGCUGGAGGGCUCUGUGGACUUGGUCAUCCUCAUGGUGUGUGCUGUGGCAGUGCUGGUGGUGCAUGGGGCAGGAAACCUGGUUAACACUUACUAUGACUUCUCCAAAGGGAUCGACCACAAGAAGAGCGAUGAUAGGACUCUGGUGGAUGAGAUCCUGGCGCCGCAGGACGUGGUCAUGUUCGGAGCGCUGCUCUACUCUCUGGGCUGCUUGUGUGCCACCCUACUCUACUUUAUCUCCACGUUGAGGAUGGAGCAUCUGGCCCUUAUUUAUUUUGGAGGGCUCUCCAGCUCUUUUCUGUACACAGGAGGUGAGCUAGGCAUUAAAUGUACUGACAUUAUUUCCCUCACUUUAUUUACUAGUACACACACACACACUAAUAUCCAGAUACUUAUGAUACCUUCCCUGUCCUGUUUCCAGGCAUUGGUCUUAAGUACGUGGCCCUGGGGGACGUGGUGAUCCUGAUCACAUUUGGCCCCCUGGCGGUGAUGUUUGCCCACGCUGUGCAGGUGGGCUACCUGUCUGUCCUGCCUCUGGUCUACGCCGUUCCCCUGGCCCUCAACACAGAGGCCAUCCUUCACAGCAACAACACCAGAGACAUGGACUCUGACAAACAGGCGGGCAUCGUCACUCUGGCCAUUCUCAUUGGGCCCACGCUGUCCUACAUCCUCUUCAACCUCCUGCUGUUUGUCCCCUACGUGCUCUUCUGCAUCCUGGCCACCCACUACACCAUCAGCAUGGCCCUGCCCCUGCUUACGUUACCCAUGGCCUUCCCCCUGGAGAGGCAGUUCCGCAGCCAGUGCUAUUCCAAGAUCCCCCAAAAGACGGCCAAGCUCAACCUCCUGAUGGGACUUUUCUAUGUCUUUGGGAUCAUUCUGGCACCUCAAGGCAGCUUACCGCUACUGUGAUCGAAUUGUAGCUUCUUUGUAUAGCUAUUCUUUUAUUUUUUUAUACAGACUAGUUUAUGUACAUCUUUGUAUUUGUAAUAAUUUACUUGAGUUCAAAGGCUUUAAUUUAUUGUCUAAUUUAUACAUCCAGAGAAACUGACAGUUGAGUUACUCUUCUGUAAUACUGACAGAUAUAACCAGAUGUGUAACUGGUCCAGUAUUUUGCAGAGUCUGAGAUGUGUUCAGACUCAUUUGGUAUAAGACCACAGUACAGAGGACAUUUCAUGUCCUGAUGCCUCAAAAUGAGGACAGACAUUGAAAAAACUGUUGCCAUGCGUUGCGUCGGGCCCUUAGACUUGCUACCAGUGAUGCAAUUCUUCAAAAUGUCAAUAAACCAAAUCUAAACCUUUUAAUCUCUUAAAUU